UCAGGUGAUAGCGGGGACGAGGAUCGGUAGCCGGUGGUCAUGGAGAGGGGAGGCGGCCGGUGCUGAGGACGGAUCGGUGAUCGAACGCACAAGCUGGGACGAUGAGCUCCUCUCCAGCAGCGGUAUCGGCCGCUGCGCCGUGCCGCUUGGCCCAUUACUUCGUUAUCUGUGGGACGGACGCGGACAGCGGGCUGGAGCCGGAUGAGCUGGCCGUUUUAUACCAAUGGCUAGAAGCCGAUCGUCAUGGCAGGAGCCAAGAAAAUAAUGGCGCAGGUGAAAACUUCGACCAGAGCCCGGUGAGAAGAACCUUCAAGUCGAAAGUCCUCGCUCAUUACCCUCAGAAUGUGGAGUGGAACCCCUUCGACCAAGAUGCCGUCAACAUGCUUUGCAUGCCGAAGGGGCUGUCCUUCCGAACCCAGGCAGACUGCCGGGACCCCCAGUUCCAUUCAUACAUCAUCACCAGAGAGGAUGGCUCUAGAACAUACGGGUUCGCGCUGACGUUUUACGAAGAGGUGACCAGUAAACAGAUAUGUACUGCCAUGCAGACUCUGUACCAGAUGCAUAAUGCGGAGCAUAGUGUGUACGCCUCAUCCUCCUGCAGCAUGGACUCCUUAGCCAGCAGCUUGGAGGACGGAGAUGCCACGUCUCUGGCAAAGCUGCAGCGAUAUAACACUUACGACAUCAACAGGGACACGCUUUACGUUUCCAAGUGCUUAUGUCUGAUCACCCCGCUCCCAUUCAUGCAAGCCUGCAAGAAAUUCCUAACACAACUCUAUAAAGCUGUGACGUCCCCGCAGCCGCCACCUCUGCCACUGGAAAGUUAUAUACAUAACAUUCUGUAUGAGGUCCCACUGCCGCCGCCGGGGAGGUCACUGAAAUUCUAUGGUGUAUACGAGCCUAUUGUUUGCCAGAGACCGGGACCUAAUGAACUGCCAUUGUCAGACUAUCCUCUCAGAGAGGCCUUUGAGUUACUGGGAUUGGAGAACUUGGUUCAGCUCUUCACAUGCGUACUACUUGAAAUGCAAAUUCUGCUGUAUUCACAAGAUUACCAGCGGCUGAUGACUGUAGCAGAAGGUAUCACAUCACUGCUUUUCCCCUUUCAGUGGCAGCAUGUGUAUGUCCCCAUCUUGCCAGCCUCACUUCUCCACUUCCUUGAUGCUCCUGUACCGUACUUGAUGGGUCUCCAGUCCAAGGAAGGGACAGACCGAUCCAAGCUUGAAUUACCGCAGGAGGCUAACUUGUGUUUUGUGGACAUUGAUAACCACUUCAUAGAACUGCCGGAGGAGUUCCCACAGUUCCCCAACAAAUUGGAAUUUAUUCAGGAAAUCUCGGAGGUUCUCUUGAACUAUGGGAUACCGCCAGAGGGAAAUCUACACUGCAGCGAGAGCGCCACCAAGCUGAAGAGCCUGGUACUGGACGACCUGGUGAAUGAUAAGAAGAACGGCAACAUCUCCAGCCACAACAUCAACAUGUACGAGCUGCUGAAGGGCAACGAGACCAUGGCCCGUCUUGAGGCUCUCACCAAAAGGACGGGGAUAAAGAUGGACAAGAUCAGCAUCAGUGUCCCACUGGCGGACCCCGAGGAUGAGCAUAAGCUCCAGUGUGCCGAGCAGGAGCUGAGGGAUUAUAAACUCAACGUGCAGAUCCGGGAAGUAUUCGCCAACCGUUUUACGCAGAUGUUCUCUGACUAUGAGGCGUUUGUUAUUCAGGCCGCACAUGACAUGGAAUCUUGGCUGACCAACCGAGAGCAGAUGCAGAACUUUGACAAAGCUUCUUUCUUGUCAGACCAGCCGGAGCCUUACCUCCCAUUCCUCUCCAGGUUCAUCGAGACGCAGAUGUUUGCCACGUUCAUUGACAAUAAGAUCAUGUCUCUGUGGGAUGAGAAAGAUCCUUUGCUUCGAGUUUUUGAUUCUCGCAUCGAGAAGAUUCGCCUGUACAAUGUCAGAGCUCCUGCAAUUCGCACCUCUACCUACCAGUCAUGUACCACCUUAAAGGAAGCCACUAUGUCCGUCGAGCAGCGCCUGAUGAAGAUUGAUCAUACGGCCAUACACCCGCACUUGCUGGAUAUGAAGAUCGGACAAGGGAAAUAUGAGCAAGGCUUCUUUCCUAAGUUGCAGGCCGAUGUGUUAAUGAAUGGACCAAUAAACAACAAUCGCUGGGUCAGCCGGAACGCCACAGCGCAGAGGAGGAAGGACCGCCAGCGGCAGCACUCGGAGCACCUCGGAUUAGACAACGACUUGAGGGAGAAAUAUAUGCAAGAGGCAAGAAGCCUGGGCAAGACGGUGAGACAACCAAAACUCUCUGAUCUUUCACCUGCCGUCAUAGCCCAGACCAACUCCAAGUUUGUUGAAGGGUUGCUGAAAGAAUGUCGGAUGAAGACAAAACGGAUGCUUGUGGAGAAAAUGGGUCAUGAGGCCGUUGAGUUGGGUCAUGCUGAUGCCAACAUAACUGGAUUAGAAGAAAACACUCUGAUAGCCAGUCUGUGUGAUCUGCUGGAACGAAUUUGGAGCCACGGUCUUCAGGUCAAACAGGGAAAAUCCGCUUUGUGGUCUCAUCUAGUCCACUAUCAGGACCAGGUAGAGAGGCAGGAGCGCAAUUCUGAAUCUCCAGUUACUCUGGCCUCAGAAAGAAGAAAAUCGGAUACGUAUGGCACAUUACCAUCAUUACGGGUGUCACUGAUUCAGGACAUGAGACAUAUCCAGCACUUAAGUGUGAUCAAGACGGAUGUAGGACGAGCCCGAGGCUGGAUCCGACUGUCCCUGGAGAAGAAGCUACUGUCUCAGCAUCUCAAACAGCUGCUGACCAAUCAGCAGCUUACAAAGAAGCUGUACAAACGCUACGCCUUUCUGCGUUGCGAAGAGGAGAAGGAGCAGUUCCUGUAUCACCUGCUAUCACUGAACGCCGUGGACUAUUUCUGCUUCACAAGCGUCUUCACCACCAUCAUGAUUCCAUACCGAGCUGUGAUUAUUCCCAUCAAGAAGCUGAGCAACGCCAUCAUCACGUCCAACCCUUGGGUCUGUGUCUCUGGUGAGCUGGGUGACACGGGCGUAAUGCAGAUCCCCAAAAACCUGCUGGAGAUGACGUUUGAGUGUCAGAAUCUUGGCAAACUCACCACAGUCCAGUUGGGACAUGACAACUCUGGACUUUUGGCCAAGUGGCUGGUGGACUGCGUCAUGGUCAGAAACGAGAUAACGGGACAUACGUACAAAUUCCCGUGUGGUCGUUGGUUAGGAAAGGGAGUGGAUGACGGAAGCUUAGAAAGAAUCCUCAUCGGCGAGCUGAUCACCCCGGUAUCGGAUGAUGAUCUCUGCAAGCAGAGCCGAACUCCUCCGCAGCAGAAAUCCCCCACGAUGGGUCGUCGGCUCAGCAUCACCUCCCUCACCGGCAAGAGCAGCAAGCCAAACGCCGGUCAGAUUCAGGAGGGCAUCGGAGAAGCGGUGAACAAUAUCGUGAAACACUUUCAUAAGCCAGAAAAAGAGAGAGGCAGUUUAACCAUCCUGCUUUGCGGAGAAAAUGGCCUUGUUUCAGCCUUGGAGCAUGUCUUCCAUCAUGGAUUUAAAUCGGCCCGCAUUUUCCACAAGAGUGUCUUCAUCUGGGACUUCAUAGAGAAGGCCGUAGCUUACUUUGAAACAGCUGAUCAGUUCGGGGAUGGCGAGGAAGACCAGCUCCUUCACCUGUCGUUCUGCAAAACAUUCUGCCACUAUGUCAACUCCAUUGUAGCCGCCCCCAGAAAUAUCGGCAAGGAUGGGAAGUUUCAGGUGCUGGUGUGCCUGGGAGCGAGGGAUCAUCUGCUUUCUCAGUGGAUUCCACUUCUGGCCGAAUGCCCAGCGAUCACUCGGAUGUACGAGGAGAUGGCUCUGCUACGGGACAACAUGAUGGUGAAUUCUCUGGUCCGAGUGCUGCAAACUCUUCAAGACUUCAACAUUGUCCUGGAGAGUUCCCUCACGAAAGGAGUCGACGUGUAGAUACACUUCUGGGACGCUGUAUUAUAUCUCCCUCUCUUUCGGGGUU